AUGGGGUGCUUGCAGAGACAGAAGAACCUCGACCAACGCGCGAGACCUCAAGGUCUUGGUGAGACGGAGGAAACCCAGAGGCAGGAGGCACACCACAGUCCUCAGGGCAUCCAAGUGAGAGGUCAGCAGACAGCAAGCACUCAGGGGUCCAUCCCAGUGGUGACGGAACCGGUUGGUCAGAGUGAUCAGGAACCAGGCGUAGAAGAGGCGGAAGAACUUAGAAAAGCACGGGUGAAAUGGCCACCAGGGCUGGAAAGAUUUGGAGAGAAGGAGCUAGGGAAAGGAAGACCACAGAUUAAUCAGCCCAACCGCAGAGAAAGAGAGAAACAAAGAAUAAGGAAAGAUUUAGAGGCUCUGAGAAAGAGAUGGAAAGAAGCCAGUCAGGAAGAAAGAGAUGCCCUAAGUUCACUAAGGGAAGAACUACGAGUGAGACUGCGCAGUCUCAGUAAUGCAGAAAGGACAAGGAAAAAGAGACGCCAGAAAGAGAAGAAGCGUGCAGAGUUCGUGUCUAACCCCUUCAGAUUCACAAAACGGCUGCUAGGAGCCAAGAUGAGUGGCAGACUAACCUGUAGCAAGGAAGAGGCAGAGAGUUACCUACAGAAAACGCAUGGGGAUGUAGAGCGAGAAGUCCCUCUGGAAGAUAGGCCUAAAGACGAGUUUCCAGACCCUGAACAACCAACCAGGGAAUUAGACUGUAGUGAGCUGAAGUUAGCGGAGGUGAAGGACGUGAUCAGGAAAGCGAGGGCUGGUGCAGCACCAGGGCCAAGUGGAAUAAUAUACAGGAUAUACAAGAAAUGCCCAAGACUUACAAGAAGACUUUGGAGCCUGCUGAAAGUAGUAUGGAGGAAAAAGAAGCUACCACAGGGAUGGAAGAAAGCUGAAGGAGUGUUUUGUCCAAAGCAGGAAAACGCAAAAGGGAUUGAACAAUUUAGGACGAUAUCCCUAUUGUCAGUGGAAGGCAAGAUUUUCUUUGCUGUUCUAGCCAAGCGGCUCCUGAAGUACAUGAUGGAUAACAACUACAUUGACACUUCUAUUCAAAAAGGUGGCGUACCAGGGUGUUCAGGGUGUCUCGAGCACACAAGCAUACUGUCACAACUGAUACAGGAAGCUAAAGCAGGGAAGGAGGACUUAGCAAUAGUCUGGUUGGAUCUUCAGAACGCCUAUGGGUCGGUACCACACCAGCUGAUUAAAGUGGCCUUAGAGAAGUACUACGUUCCGGAACCGGUACGCCUCCUUAUUGAACAGUACAUGGAUGGACUGAUGAUAAGAUUCACUGUAAACGGCUACACAACAUCAUGGCAAAGGUUGCAGAAAGGCAUUAUCACAGGAUGCACCAUAUCGGUGAUAUUGUUCGUGGCUGCAAUGAACCUGGUGAUGAAGCCAGCCUUGGGCCAAGCCAGAGGGCCAAAGACUGAUUCUGGAAUAAGGCAGAGGCCACUUAAGGCCUUUAUGGAUGAUCUGACAGUGACGACUGAAAGUGUGAUUAGUGCAAGAUACGUACUCAGGAGUCUGAGCAAGGCAGCCAGCUGGGCUAGAAUGAAAUUCAAAGCCAAAAAGUGCAGGAAACUGGUGAUGCGAAGAGGGAAGAUCUGUGACAAGUUGCAGCUAGAAGUUCAGGGGGAAAGAAUCCCUGCAAUUGCGGAGCAGCCCAUCAAAAGCCUAGGGAAGAAGUUUGAUGUAACAUUAAGUGACAAAAAGAACAUUGAAGAAUUCAAGCAACAGAUGCGAGACGGGCUAGAAGCCAUUGAGAAUAGUGAACUCCCAGGGAGAUAUAAAGUAUGGUGCAACCAGUAUGGAUUGUUACCACGAGCAGUAUGGCCGAUGACCAUGUACGAUAUACCCCUUACAGUUGUGGAGGAAGUAGAGAGGAGGGUGAGCAGACAUCUGAGAAAGUGGCUGGGGGUGCCUCCAGGACUGACGAGCAUAGGAUUGUACAGCAAAACAGCCAAACUACAGCUGCCACUAACGUCAAUGGAAGAAGAGUAUAAAGUGACGAAGGCAAGAGCCCAACUAAUGUUACAGGAGAGUCGAGACGAGUUGGUUAGCCAGGCAGGAGUAAGACUAAGAUCAGGAAAGAAGUGGGCAGCAGCAGAAGCAGUCGCCAGCGCAACAAGUAGACUUAAGCACAGAGACAUCGUGGGAGUAGUAGCUCAAGGCAGGAGAGGGUUUGGAGCAGGAAGGGAAGGAACCCAGAGAUGGGGUACUGCUAGCCCAAGGGAGAGGAGGGAACUGAUCCAGAAGGAAGUUAGACAGCAGGAGGUUCGGAGAUCAAGAGCAGUAAGCCAGGGGGUUCAAGGAGCUUGGACAAGAUGGGAGGGAGUACGAGAAAGAAAGGUCAUGUGGAAUGAACUUAUGUAUAGUGAACCCUCGAAGAUAAGAUUCCUGCUGAAGUCUGUUUACGAUCUUCUGCCAACAGCUGCAAACCUGAAGAGGUGGAGGAAGAAAGAUGAAGACAAGUGUGAGCUCUGUGGCAAGACAGGGAACCUUAGCCACGUCCUAACAAGCUGCCCGGUUGCACUAGGCAAGGGGAGGUACACCUGGCGCCACAACCAAGUCCUGAAAGUGAUAGCCAGUGCAGUAGAAGAACAGAUGACGGAGAAUAAGGUCAAGGGAAAACAGAGGAAGGGAUUGCAGUUCAUCAGCUUUGUAAAGGAGGGAUGGAAAGGAAAGAGUAAAGAGAAGAAGGAAAGAGAGCGGAUAGGAAUCAUAGCAUCAGCAAGUGACUGGUCCUUACAUGCUGAUCUUGGCAAACAACUGGCCUUCCCGGCAGAUAUCAUCGACACGAACCUAAGACCAGACUUGAUCCUGUUUUCUAGGAAAACGACCCAGGUAGUGCUGAUAGAAUUGACUGUUCCCUGGGAGGACAGGAUGGAAGAAGCGAACGAGCGGAAACGAAUGAAGUAUCAGGAACCGGUGAGCAGAUGUAGAGAGAAAGGUUGGAAGACCUGGUACUUCCCAGUGGAAGUAGGAUGCAGGGGUUUUAUAGGACAGACCUUGUGGAAGGCACUGGGACAGUUAGGAGUAGCAGGAAAGAAGAGGAGAGAAGUAACUAAGAGAGUCACCAAGACCACCGUCGAUGCCUCACUCUGGGUAUGGACACUGAGGAAUACCACCCAAUAA